AUGAGCGCAAUCAAGACGAACGCAAUCGACAGGAGCACAAUCGACAAAAGUGCAAUCAACAGCAGCUCAAUCGACAGGAGCGCAAUCAAGAGGAGUGCAAGCGACAGGAGCGAGCACUCUGCUGCAGCAGCGCAAUCGAGAGGAGCGCAAUCACGAGCAGAGCAGGAGAGAGGAGCACAAUCGACAGGAGCUUUAUCGACAGGAGCUUUAUCGACAGGAGCUCAUUGGAGAGGAGCGCAAGUGACAGGAGCGCAAUCGAGUGAAGAGCAGCAGAGAGGAGCGCAAUCAAGAGGAGCGCAAUUGACAGGAGUGCAAUCGACAGGAGCGCAAUCGACAGGAGCGCAAUCGACAGGAGCUCAAUGCAGAGGAGCGCAGACGACAGGAGCGCAAUCGAGAGCAGAGCAAGAGACAGGAGCGCAAUUGAGAGGAGCGCAAUCGACAGGAGUGCAAUCUAGAGACGAGCAGCAGAGAGGAGCGCAAUCGACAGGAGUGCAUUCGACAGGAGCUCAAUCAAGAGCAGCGCAAUUGACAGGAACUCAAUUGAGAGCAGAGCAAUCGACAGGAGCUCAUUCGACAAGAGCACAAUCGACAGGAGCUCAAUCGACUGGAGCGCCCACUCUGCUGCAGCAGCACAAUCGACAGGAGACCAAUCAAGAGGAGCGCAAUCAAGAGGAUCACAAUCAAGAAGAGCACAAUCAAGAGGAGUGCUAUCAAGAGAAGAGCAAUCGACAGAACUCGAUCAAGAGCAGCGCAAUCGAGAGGAGCUCAAUCGAGAGAAGCGCACACUUUGCUGGAGCAGCACAAUUGACAGGAGCGCAAUCAAGAGAAGAGCAAUCGACAGGAGCUCUAUCGACAGGAGCGAAAUCGAGAGCAGAGCAGGAGAGAGGAGCGCUCACUCUGCUGGAGCAGCACAAUCUACAGGAGCGCAAUCGAGAGCAGAGCAAGAGAGAGGAGCGCAAUCGAAAAGAGUACUCACACUGCUGCAGCAGCGCAAUCGACAAGAGCUCGAUCGACAAGAGUUCAAUCAAGAGCAGCACAAUCGACAGAAGCUCAAUCAAGAGGAGGGCAAUCAUGAGGAGCUCAAUUGACAGGAGCGCAAUCGAGCGCAGAGCAGGAGAGAAGAGUUCUAUCGACAAGAGCGCAAUCGACAGAAGCGCAAUCGACAGGAGCGCAAUCGAGAGCAGAGCAAGAGAGAGGAGCUCUAUCGACAAGAGCGCAAUUGACAGAAGUGCAAUCGAUAGAAGCGCAAUCGAAAGGAGCGCAAUCAAGAGGAGCACAUUGGACAGGAGCGCAAGAGAGAGGAGCGCAAUCGAGAGCAGAGCAAGAGUGAGGAGUGCAAUCGAGAGCAGAGCAUCAGAGCGGAGUGCAAUCGACAGGAGGUCAUUUCAGAGGAGCUCAAUUGACAGGAGCGCAAUCGAGAGACGAGCAGCAGAGAGGAGUGCAAUCGACAGGAGCGCAAUGAAGAGGAGUGCAAUUAAGAGGAGUGCAAUUAAGAGGAGUGCAAUGGAGUGGAGCUCAAUCAAGAGCAGCACAAUCGACAGGAGCGCAAUCGACAGGAGCGCAAUCGACAGGAGCGCAAUCGACAGGAGGUCUAUCGACAGGAGCGCAAUUGACAGGAACUCAAUUGAGAGCAGAGCAAUCGACAGGAGCUCAUUUGACAAGAGCACAAUCGACAGGAGUUCAAUCGACUGGAGCGCUCACUCUGCUGCAGCAGCACAAUCUAGAGGAGCUCGAUCGAGAGCAGCGCACACUUUGCUGGAGCAGCACAAUCAAGAGGAGCGCACUGCUGGACAGCACUCACUCUGCUGGAGGAGCACAAGUCGAAGGAGCACAAGACUAAUCGUCAUUUCAAACCCGAUCUAA